AUGCAGAAGGAAAUUGAUGAAGUAGAAGAGAAAAACCAAGAAGUUGCGCAAGAAGAGAAGGAAGUAAAGAAAGAAGAAGGGCAAGAAGUGGAUGUUGAGAAAGAUAAGGAGAAGAAAGAAGGGAAAGAAGAGGAUGAUGAUGAGUUGGAUUUUGAUCCAAGUGCAGUUGAUAGAUGCAGUUUUCAUAUGGCUAUUGGUACACAUCAGGUAGAGGUGUUUGAGGCCAUUGGUGGUGCUAUCAUCCGCAAAAUUGAUGAUAUUAGAGAAGGGAAUUUGAAAUUGCUGAAUAGUAAUGAUAUACGGAUCCACCUAAUGAAAUCAGGUUUUGAUGAAAAAUAUAAAUAUUGGAACUGGCAUGGGGAAGGUAUCACUGAAGAUGAGGAUCCAAAUGUGCGUGUCGGUACGUCCGGUGGACAACGAAUAGAUGACACAGAAACAAUGUUGAAUGAUAUUUUUCCUCGACCUAGAGAAUUUGAGGGUGAUGAUAAUGUCGAGGAUGAUAUCGGAGAUAAAAGUGAAGAUGAUAUCGAUGUUGAAGCUGAAGAAGUAGGAGAUGAUGGAAGUGCCGAAAAUAUUGAUGAUAUGCAUUCCUCCGCAGAAAUAGAACGAAUAUUGAAGCUACUAGAAGAUACUUAUGCUAAUCUGUCAGGGUACUCUACGAAGGAUGAGGAGGAGGAUGAGGAGGCUCUUUGA